UUCUUUUAUAAACUAAUACACGUGUUUGUGUUUGAAGAAAGAACGUGAAAAACUUGUGAAUUUUUUGUAAUUUUUAAUAAAUUUAUCAAUAAAAUGGGCAAAAUUAAGAAGGAAGCUGUUGAUGAAAGUGUUACCGAAGUCGGUAAUGUCAGCGUUAAGGAGGAGGACAACUAUGAUGAUAAGCUAAAGUAUGUAAAUUCCGUUUCCCAACCCAUGGCCACCAAGAAGAUAGCCAAAAAAUGCUAUAAACUCAUCAAAAAGGCCAUGAAACACAAAACCUUUGUGCGCAAUGGUCUCAAGGAUGUUCAAACCAGACUACGUAAAGGAGAAACUGGUUUGGUUAUAUUUGCCGGAGAUGUCACCCCAAUUGAUGUCAUGUGCCACCUGCCAGCCGUUUGUGAGGAGAAGGGUAUUUCUUAUGUGUAUACCCCCAGCCGUGCUGAUUUAGGUGUCGCUAUGGGUGUUAGACGCGGUACUGUGGCUUUAUUAAUACGUGAAAACGAUGACUAUAAAGACUUGUAUGAUGAAGUUAAACAAGAAAUUUCCACCUUAUACUGUCCCGUUUAAGAUAACAAAAUGUAAAGCCUACAACUCUUUAUUUCAUUUUAGUUAUUAAGAUAUUUUUAAGAAAUACAAAUUUAUAGAAAAACAAAUAAAAAAUUAAAAUCUUUGUAUGAAAACUGCAA